CAGAGAAUCGAGAUAGAAAGUUUUAGGAGUUGCAAAAGUACCAGUGAGACGUAAAAAGGAGAAAUCAGGACUGGAAAUACAUUAGCAGGAGCAGAACACUAAACAGGACGCGUGAAAGUGAAUAAAAGCGGUUUGCGGGUUAAAUUAAACUCUGAAUGAGUGUAUUGGUGGAGGUACAAUGGGAUUACCAGCACUGGAAUUCAGCGACUCUGUGGUGGACAGUCCAGACUUCAGAGAUCGACUCAAAUAUCAUGAAAUCGAGCUGGAUCGUACCAAUAAAUUCAUCAAAGAGCUUAUAAAGGAUGGAAACAUGCUCAUCAGUGCUCUUAAAAAUCUUUCUGCAGCUGUGCAGAAAUUUUCACAGUCCCUUCAGGAUUUCCAGUUUGAAUGUAUCGGUGAUGCAGAAACAGAUGAUGAGAUUAACAUCGCUCAGUCAUUGAAGGAAUUCUCCCAGCUGUUAAACACAGUUGAAGAGGAAAGACGCAGACUUAUACAGAACGCUGACGACGUCUUGAUCACGCCGCUGGAGAAGUUUCGCAAGGAGCAAAUCGGUGCUGCCAAAGAAGGAAAAAAGAAGUUUGACAAGGAAACAGAGAAAUACUACACACUGCUGGACAAACACUUGAACUUGUCCUCGAAAAAGAAAGAAUCCAUUUUACUAGAGGCCGAUUCCCAAAUCGGUAAGGAGCGCCAGAUGUUUUGUGAUGCUUCCCUCGAAUACGUCUUUAAGAUCCAGGAAGUUCAGGAGCGAAAGAAAUUUGAGUUUGUUGAGCCGCUCCUGGCUUUCCUCCAAGGACUGUUCACGUUUUACCAUGAAGGUUAUGAACUGGCACAUGAGUUCGAGCCGUACAAACAACAGCUACAGUUCAACCUGCAGAACGUAAGAGGCCACGUCAGGACAAGAAAUAACUUUGAGAGCACUAGACAGGAAGUGGAAAAUCUGAUGCGAAGGAUAAAAUCAGCGGAGCAGGAUUACAAAGCGCCAGGACAGUGGACCAUGGAGGGAUUUCUGUACGUGCAGGAGAAGCGUCCUCUGGGUUUCACAUGGAGUCGACACUACUGCACUUAUGACAAAGAGACCAAGAUGUUCACCAUGAGCAGCUCAGAGAUCAAAACUGGAAGCAAACAGAAUGGACUUGUUUUGAGCCCACCUGAGAUCUUCAAGCUGAAGUCCUGUAUCAGGAGGAGAACAGACUCCAUCGACAAGCGAUUCUGCUUCGAUAUUGAAGUGGUGGAACGGCAUGGCAUCAUCACCCUGCAGGCUCUGUCUGAAUCCAACAGACGUCUGUGGAUGGAGGCCAUGGACGGCAAAGAACCAAUUUACACACUCCCAGCACUCCUCAGCAAAAAAGAAGAGACAUUCCUAAAUGAGGCGGGUUUUAACUUUGUCAGGAAGUGCAUUCACCUCGUAGAGACAAGAGGUAUCCAGACGAUGGGCCUGUACAGAAUAGGAGGAGUGAAUUCCAAAGUGCAGAGACUGAUGACCUCAGUGUUCGCCGCCAAAGCUCCUGCAGACAUGGACCUGGACCCGGACACUUGGGAUAACAAGACAAUCACCAGUGGACUGAAGAAUUACCUCAGGUGUCUGGCUGAACCCCUGUUAACCUACAGACUCCACCAAGAUUUCAUCAUGGCAGUCAAAUCAGAUGAUCAGAACUACAGAGUGUGUGCCGUUCACGCUCUCGUCCACAAGCUGCCCGACCGGAAUAAAGAGAUGCUGGACAUCCUAAUCAAACACCUGCAAGUUGUAUCCACACACAGUCAGAAGAAUCUGAUGACCGUUUCUAACCUGGGUGUGAUCUUCGGCCCUACGCUGAUGCGCUCACAAGAGGAAACGGUGGCCGCCAUGAUGAACAUCAAGUUUCAGAACAUUGUGGUGGAGAUUCUCAUCGAGAACCAUGAGAAGAUCUUUCAUCAGUCUCCAGACCCCAACGUGCCUCUUCCUCAACCUCAAUCUGAGUCUCGUGCCAGCUCACGCCGCAGCAAAGCCAUCUGCCUGUCGUCAGGCCCGCGCAAGUCCCGGGGCCUGUACCCGCCCGCCCUGUGCCUGGCAGACGCUGACAGUGACACGUUCAGCAGCAGUCCCAGCAGUACACCCAUGGGUAGCCUGGAGUCUCUGUCCUCUCACUCAUCGGAACGAAACGGCUGCUCCAAAGCAACGUCUCCCUCACGCUCCAAACACAAGAUCUCAGGAAGCCUGUGCUGGACCACGCCCUCUCCGUCCUCCGACGGCCCCAAGAGCCCCGGCGGUACCACCAGUCCCGACUCCAGCUCCAAAGAGGACGCCGCUAAGACGGACGGCGAGUGGGAGGAGGCUCUGAGCGUCCUGCCGGAGUGUCCUUUAGCUACGGAGGAGAACACGGACGAGCCUGGAUCGAGACGCAUGUCUCGCAUGUCCUCCUGCUCCUCGCUCACCUCCCUCCACAUUUCUGAGGGAUUUAGGAGCUGCCAUGGUUCCGUUCAGAGUUUGGUUUCUCGCAGUAACAGAGACAGUUUAAAGUCGCUGACCGCACCAGAAGUUGCUCUUAAAGAAACACCCAAAUGCAGCCUGGACUCUACAGGAAGCAACGGAUACCAGAGACCCGGAUCUAUGGUGGCCAACAGAGCAGCUAUUUUCGAGAGUCCUGUGGUGUCUCAGCCUGCCCCUGCUGGAAGGGAAGCCAAAGCCAUGUAUUCCUGCCAAGCAGAACACAGCUAUGAACUCAGCUUCCCUCAGGGGGCGCUAUUCCUGAACGUGCACCCCUCGGUGGAACCUGGGUGGCUCCAAGGAACAUAUAAUGGCAGAACUGGACUCAUCCCAGAAAAUUACGUUGUGUACCACUAGCGGGGCCUGAAACUAAACGUAACAAGUCCAUGGCAUCCAUGGUAUUCAUUUCUCCAUAUAGGGACUGCUUUGUACAUUCAUUUUUACAUUAUGUAAAUAGUCGAAGUUGUUUUAACCUCAUCGUUAACAGUAGAGUCUAUUCUGUAUGUUCGUUUUAAAAAGUAUUAUUAUUUUAUGAUUUGUACUGACACUCCUUCGGCUCUGUAGGCUGUGAGGUGGUUUAUUUAUAGGUGGUGAUAAUGCAGACUGGCUCUGACCUGUUGAUCUGAUAAUGUGAGAGACAGAGGCACAUUACUGUGUGUGUCUAUGUGCCUCUUGUUAUUGUUCAAUCUCUAAUGAAGGGAAACUUGCAAUUAACAAACUGAUUAUUAUUAUUAUGGUACUGAUGUCAAGAUCUGAUGUGUUAGUAGUUUUAUUCUCAUUUGAAAAAGUAUUCCCACAUAUAACUUAUUUACCUUUUUUAGAAUGUAGUCAUUUUCUAUAUAUCAUUCGUUUAUAUGAGUCAAAAUUUGUUUUACUUAUGUCUGUUCCAGCUCAUUCUGGGAUAACAGUCUUGUGGGGCCAGACUUUAACAAUUAAGCUUAAGAGGGAUCUUACUCGGUCAGGACCAAACUCAGUUUCAAUUUUAUAAGCAGUUUAUUGCAUUCUGUGUUCCAGAUUCCCAUACUAAAUCACAUACAUACCAUAACAUACUAAAUAUUCAGUCUAAUUACGGCUCUACCAAAACUACCAUAGUUAAACAAUAUGUAGUGUGUGUAUUAGUGCAGUUUAGGGCGCCGGCAGUAUAUCACCUGCAUGAUUAAUGCUGCUUAUCCUAACUAUGAUUGUAGUCUCUCAUGGAUAAACAAAAGUGUUAAGUUGUGUCUUACAGGUACCACAGUACGUGCAGUAAAAUAAAUGUUACCUUUCAAACCUUUCAGUUGCUGUAGCAUUAGAAAGAUUAUCUGUACAUGUCAACGUGAGGAAUGGUGCCGUGUGCCCCUGCUGAUCAGAGUAAAUCGAGGCUAAAGAAAUUGGCCGUGAUGAACGUAAAAACACAAACACUACAUUCGUACUGAAGAUAAGGGAUGUACCGUUACCAUAAAUUCUAUGGUGGGCCUAUUUCUAACACAUUAAUCGAGAGUUUACUAAAGUUUGAGUCGUUUAAACAGUGCUGAGGUUUAUAGCCAACCUUUGUCAUG